AUGGGGAGGGAGACUCCGAAAGAGCAGCAGCAGCAGGUUUCGUUCACUGUGGAGGAGCUGGUGGCCGUGAACCCUUAUAAUCCCGACAUACUGCCCGAUCUCGAGAACUACGUGAACGAGCAGGUGUGUCCAUUGCUCUAGAUCGAUUGAUUCCCUUAUCCCAGUCUAUUCCCAGUUCUAUCCUCGCGUGGUCUGCCACUUGUAUUUAUUCGCUCGUAUUGUUUAUCUGGUCUUUACUUAUUAUUAUGUCUGAAUUUCAUGUAUUAUGAAAUAAACGCCCCAAAUGCAUCCCCAACAUUCCCUAAUGGAUCUUCUCCUUACGCUUCUUAUCAAGUAUACAAUCAGAUUAUUCCUUUGGGUUCUAUGGUACUAUGAAUAUCGUAGGUGCCAUUCGGGUUAGAAGUUUGAAAACCUAGUUCACUUUUUCAUUUUUGACCACAUCAUAGUUUUGACAUUUAAUCAACAGCUUUGUCUUCAAUUCAACACGUUGUUUACUGUAAACCUUCGCUCGUAUCUUGAGCGGUGUUUUCCUUGUACCUUAUCUGUUAUCAUAAUAUGAAAAAAAUUAAGUGAGAUCCUAUCAACUUAGUUGACUCAAUGCCCCCUGCACAAAAGCAUCCAUGCUUGUUAUCGAAGCUGUCAUUUCUUGCAUUUUUUUAGCCUUUCUUUUGAUCUCAUUUUCGUGCCCUUCUUUUUUCUGGGAUUAUAAUUCGAAACCUGUUCAUUGCCUUUCAAUAUUAUGCACAGAUCCGGGUUUUGACAAUUUCUUAUUGACAAAUCUUCUGAUCUUAAGCUUUAUGUCGAUGUGUAUGCAGGUUUCAUCCCAAACAUACAGUCUAGAUGCAAACCUGUGUCUUCUUAGACAUUACCAGGUGAUGGCUCGAUAUACUUUACUUUUUUUAAGUUUAAUAUCUACCCCUAAACUUUCUACUUGCACUGGUGCAAUUUCUCAUCUUUUGGAAUUUCCUUCCUUCAGUUUGAGCCUGAGAGAAUGAGCAUUCAGAUUGUGGUCAGGAUUUUGGUUAAGGUGUGGAUCUUAUGCCCAAAGGUCAUUCACAAUUACUGCUGAGAUUUUUAUAGUGGAUUCAAUGCAUGAUUUCGUUCAUUUUUAAACGCAGGCUCUCAUGGCACUUCCAGCUCCAGAUUUCAACCUUUGCCUCUUCUUAAUACCAGAACGAGUGGUAUUUCCGUCUCUCCUAUUGUUAUUAGUCAUUACUUGCAAAUCCCUGCUCCUUGUGAUACAUAGAUUUUGGAUUGAUGCAGUAUUCAGUUGUGUUUUUGCUGUCCUUAAUGAUAAAUUUUGCAGAAUUCGGGGGAAUGUUAUUGCAGCCCUGCCCAUAAAUAGGUCAUAUUUGGUGGCGUCUUACCAGACGCUUGAGUUAAAAUUAAUGUAGGAGGCUUGUAACUGCACGAUUUUCUCUAACAUAUUUUUCUAUAACAGCCCUCCAACCCCCAAGUAAACAGUCUCUGAAACCUCUCGAGUCCUAUUGUUCCUAUUGAUUCAACGAAUGUUCGUGAGUGUUGGUCUCAAAAUUUGAGAGUGGUGAUGAGAAAUAAGUUCUAGCUGUGGUGAAACUAUGAUUUUUUGUAUUUUGGAAAAGCCUACUCUGUAUGAGCAACUCGUAUUGUCUUGCUUCAACCGACUUGGAACAAUCUUGAAUGUUUUUGAUGUUGUAAUCGUCAUUCUGAGAGAAUGAACGCAUUGUUUUAUUUUUGUUUACGAAGCUCUUGGUUUUUCAAUGCAGGUAUUUUAGUUCAUUUAAUGUAGUGUAGUUUUGACUAGGGAUUCCUGCGUUUCCACUUAUUCGAAAUUCCCCUUUUCUUCACUUGCAGCAAAUGGAGGAGCAGAUCAAGAUGCUGAUUGUCCUCUCACACUACCUCGAGGUAUGCCUGCGAUAUUCCUGAUUUAUGAAUCCUUUUUUUAUUAUUGUUGAAUUAUUUGUACGCUGACGCCUAUUCUUGCCAAUUAUCAUAGACUGCAAGAUUCCAUCAGUUCUGGGAUGAGGCUGCAAAGAAUCGCAGUAUUCUCGAAGUAGUGCCAGGUAGGCGCUGUCUAUCUGUCGAUCUCCGGUGUGAUUAAUUUUCUCUUCAAUUUAUAUUUUGUAUGCAGUCCGAGUUGAUUUCUGAAGUUACACCAUACUCCAUAGAGAGUGUAGAAUGGUGGAGCAUACAGGAGAGCACGCUAUAGAUGAUUCCAGAGAGGCUAUGUAUAUAUAAUAUGACCCCACCCUUCUCCUGAUCUAAUCAUGCAGGCUUUGAGCAAGCUAUCCAAGCAUACGCCAUCCAUGUCCUCUCCCUGACCUACCAGAAGGUCCCCCGGCCCGUCCUCGCCGAGGUGAUCAUCCCCCUACAUCCCCCCUCCCCUUCUCUUCUGCUUGCCUGCAUUCAGUUGCCUGACUGUUGACUUUUGGGCCCGCAGGCCAUCAACGUGGAGGGGUUGGUGCUGGACAAGUUCCUGGAGUUCCACGUGGCGAACAGCGGGUGGGCGCUGGAGGCGGCGGGGCCUGGCCGGGGCCAUCUGGUCGUCCUGCCGACCACCGAGUUCAACCACCCGGAGCUGAAGAAGAAUGUCUCGGAGAGUGUCCCACUGGAGCACGUCGCCAGGCUCUUCCCCAUUCUCGGUUGA